AUGAUAUGCAUGCAUGGACCAACAACGUACAUCUUUUCAAAGCUGUAAACGCGUUCCAAGUAUCCACAAUUUGAUACUACUCGUUCAUCUAUGAAGCCCUAUAUAAAGGGUCCAAAACUUCCAUUCUUGAAUCAUCAUCAUCCACAUUUGGAGUAGUAACAAGGAAGCUCAAUCGAAUUGUUAUUUUUUUAAGUUUUGCUGGGUCACUAUGGAUCAUAAGCUUUUUGUUAGAGUUCUUGUGUCUCUCUCUCUUUUCGUUCUUGUUUCUUGGGUGGCUAAUGGUGAUGGUGCCAUAUCAUCUUGUAACCAAACACCAUACCCUCAAGUAUGCAAUUCCUUCGUUAGCUCUAAUCCUCUAGCCACCUCUAAAGGUUUCCGUGAUAUAGCCCUCUCAGUUACCAUGAAUCAAGCUCAACAGGCCCAUAAUCACAUUUCAUCUAUGGACUUGACGUCUUUCGACGAGCUGGCCAAGGCGGCCCAUGCCGACUGCGCAGAGCUUUACAAUGACACGGUUAGCAAGCUUAAUCGUGUAUUGUUGUCUAACAGUUAUGAAGAUACUCAAACAUGGCUUAGUGCAGCAGUUGCUAAUCACCAGACUUGCCAAAAUGGGUUUAUGGAGCUCAACAAAGCUUCAUUUAUGUCUUCCUUACCUUCCAUGCUUAGUGACUUCUCUAAGUUGCUUAGCAAUUCUCUAGCUGUAAACAAACAAGCAGCUUCAGCACAGUCUAGUAAACCCGGAGGUGCCAGACGCUUGCUUUCUAACGGGUUCCCUUCGUGGGUCUCUGCUGCUGAUAGAAAGCUUCUCCAGUCAACAACAGCAGCUUCACAAGCUAAUACAGUGGUGGCUGCUGAUGGGUCUGGUAAUUACAAGACUAUCUCUGCAGCUCUGGUCGCUUCAUCCAAGCUAAGGAGUGGGACUUCAAGAUUUGUUAUAUAUGUGAAGAAAGGUACCUACCAAGAGAACGUUCAGGUUACAAAGUCAAUGAAGAAUAUAAUGCUAAUAGGAGAUGGGAUUGGUGCUACCAUCGUUACCGGCAGUAAGAACGUCCAAGAUGGUUCCACAACUUUCAGUUCGGCCACCGUUGCUGCGGUCGGUGACGGCUUCAUCGCCAAGGGCAUCACCUUCCAAAAUACGGCCGGACCUCAAAAGCACCAAGCAGUUGCAUUCCGUUCAGGCUCAGACCUUUCAGUUUUCUAUCAGUGUAGCUUCCAAGGAUACCAAGACACCUUAUAUGUCUACUCCCAACGCCAGUUCUACCGUAACUGUGACAUCUAUGGCACAGUAGACUUCAUUUUUGGGGAUGCAGCCGUUGUGUUCCAGAACUGCAACAUCUAUGUGAGAAAACCCAUGAGCAACCAAGAGAACACUGUGACGGCUCAAGGGCGGUCUGAUCCGAACGAGAACACCGGAAUAUCAAUCCAUGAUUGCAUAAUUACAGCUGCUUCGGACUUGAAAGUAGUGCAGAGUUCAUUUAAGACUUACUUGGGUCGUCCAUGGAAAGAAUACUCAAGGACUGUUGUCAUGAAGACUUCUCUUGAUAGCUUGAUCGAUCCUGCAGGGUGGCUCGAGUGGAGUGGCAAUUUUGCUCUCAGCACUCUUUACUAUGGAGAGUACGCGAACACCGGUUCAGGGUCCAGCACAAGUGGUCGAGUGAAGUGGACAGGCUAUCAUAUCAUGAGUACUACCGAUGCCCAAAAGUUCACGGUGGCAAACUUCUUGGGUGGUGGUUCUUGGAUUGGAGCAGCCGGAGUCCCAUACACUUCCGGGCUUUAGGUUUAUAACUUGUGUGACCAAAAAACAUUAUCCCUUCCAUGGGUUAAUUCUAAAUUGGAAAUUAUUUGAUUUAUAAUUUUUUUUAUUUACAUGAGAAUUGACAUCUUGAAUAGAUCCAAGAGUCAUCUCUCAUGUUUCAAGCAAUUGUAUUGAAUUGUCAUAUGGUUUGUGUCCAAUUCCUUUUGUGUAGAGCUAGCCAAUAAUGAUAAUUUCUUUGUAUGUUUUUUUGUUUUAUUUUUCAAUUCCAGUAUGUAGGUGACAC